AUGGCACGGAAAAGUGCCUGGGCUUUGUGGCUACUGCCCUGGGCAGCAACCUGGACUGGCCCGCACGAACAAGGUGGUGCAGAUCCGAAGUCAAACCUCUAUCGCAGGCAUGCAGGACUCUUGCCAUUUCUCAGCACCCCAGCAUAUGCAGUGCCUGUGUCCGAAAGGCCCUUUGAGUGGGGCUUUCUUUGGCAAGACAAGGCCAACGAAGAUCCCAAAAGGACAAAGCUCUCCUUGCCCGAACUGGCUGAAGUCUUGCGCCAAGACUUGGCCGAAGGCAAGUACAUUUUGACCGGGAACCUGACCACCGCGGUCUUCGCGGAUGACUGUCGCUUCGAAGACCCGAACAACGCGGUCAGCGGCUUGGCGCGCUACCGGCAGGCGCUCAGCGUGCUGUUCGACCCUGAGGAGAGUUUCCUGAAGCUCCAGGACAUCUCGCUGGAGAGCGACGCCAACGCCAUCCGUGCUCAGUACAUUGCUGGUGGUGUGCUGAAGUUGCCCUGGCGCCCCAAGAUUGCUCCCUGGUCUGGCCAGCUGCGGUACACCGUGAACAGCGAGGGUUUGGUGGUUUCCCAGGUGGACCAGUGGAACAUCACUCGCUUCGAUGCGCUCCGACAGACCUUCACGCCUGGUCGAUGA